GCACGUGGGGGAGCGGCAGGAGGCGGCGCCGCGCCGGGCUCUGCGCUACCGGGCCGGGCCGCGCUACCGGGCCGCGCUACCGGGCCGGGCCCCGCCGGAGGGAGCCGACGCAGCGCGGCCGGCGGCCCGGCCCUGCCGGCACCGCUGCCCGUCCCGUCCCGUCCCGUCCCGGCCGGACGGUCCCGCCAUGGGGGAGUUCGAGGUGCACCGCGUGCGGUUCUUCAGCUUCGUGCCGGCGGGGGUGCGGUGCCUGGCCUACCACCGCCGCGCCGGCCGCCUCGCCCUCGCGCGCACCGACGGCGCCGUCGAGGUCUACAACUUCGCCGCCAACUACUUCCAGGAGAAGGCCAUCCCAGGGCACCAGGCGAGGUCGGUGGAGGCGCUGUGCUGGGCGGCCGGGGACCGGCUCUUCGGCGCCGGCCUCAGCGGGGACAUCAGCGAGUUCGACCUGGAGAGGCUGCGUGUGAAGCGCUCGGUCGACGGCUUCGGGGGACCCAUCUGGAGCCUGGCGGCCAACGCCAGCGGCACGCAGCUGGUGAUCGGCUGCGAGGACGGCUCGGUCAAGCUCUUCCGCGUGGUGCCUGAUGGAGUCCAGUUCGAGCGGAGCCUGGACCGGCAGCCAGGCCGCGUCCUGUGUCUGUCCUGGCACCCGGCAGAGACUCACGUUGCCGCUGGCUCCGUUGACUUUCUCCGCGUGUUUGACGUCAGCUCGGGCCGCGCCGUCCAGAGGAUCAUGGUGAAUUACCACAUGCAGAAGUCCAAGAAGCGCGAGUGCGUCGUGUGGAGCAUCGCCUUCCUGUCGAGCGGCACCGUCGUGAGCUCGGACUCGUUUGGGAGGGUGCAGUUCUGGGACUGGGAGAGAGGGACCCUGCUGGAGUCGCACACCGUCGGCACCUCGGCCGUGUUGUCCCUGGCUGUGUCGGAGAAAGAAGACAGCAUCGUUGUGGGCACCUCAGCAGGGGCCACGUACCAGUUUCAGCUGCUGCCAGUGAAGAUGGGCAGCCAGGACAAGCACUGGGUGCGGACAAAGCCCUUCCAGCAUCACACCCAUGACGUGCGAGCCGUGGCGCACAGCCCGACGGCUCUCAUCUCUGGAGGCCUGGAUGCCCAGCUGGUGAUCCGUCCACUUAUGGAGAAGAUGCAAAAGAAGGGUUACGAGGCAGCGCUCCGGAAAUUCACCUUCCCUCAUCGACGCCUCGUCUCCUGUGCCAGGAAAGCUCGGCUCCUUCUCUUCCAGUUCUCGCAGCAUCUGGAGCUCUGGAGACUUGGCUCCACCAAUGAAAGCGGAAAGGAUGGCGAGGUCCUUCCCGUGUGCCGCGUGCCCGAGCACCUCGUGGAGCUCAAGAGUAAGGGUCCGGAGCACAUCUACUGCAGCUGCGUUUCUCCUUGUGGCAGCUGGAUCGCCUACUCCACUGCCUCCCGCUUCCACCUCUACCGAGUGCAACACGAGGGUGACAGCGUCAGCAUCAAGAAGGUCACCAACGUACCCAAGCUGCUGCUCCCGGCCUACCAGCUCCAGUGCUCUGCUGACUCCAGUACUCUCUUUGUUGCCUCUGAUCAAGGCUCGGUCCAUGUGCUCCAGCUCCUGGAACCAGGGAGCUGCAAACACUUGCACACGCUUCGACCGCCAUCAGGGACCCCAGAGGCUGUGUACCUGCUGGCGUCGAGUGCAGAUGGGAACUGGCUGGCUGCAGCCAGCGGUGACUGGGAAAUCCAUAUCUACAGCUUGAAACGCUUCAAGCAUCACUGCGCGGUGCCCACGUACAGCUGUGCAGUGACUGCCCUCGCAAUUCACCCUGUGACUAACAACCUUGUUAUCGCCUACUCGGACCAGCAGCUGUUCGAGUUCAGCAUCCCUGAGAGGCAGUACACGGCCUGGAGCCGCACGGUGCAGAACUGCGGGCUGCACAAGGCCUGGCUGGAGAGGGACUCGCCCAUCACCCACAUCGCCUUCAACCCCAAGAACCCCUCGCACAUCCUGCUUCACGACGUCUACAUGUUCUGCAUCCUCGACAAGUCCCUGCCCCUGCCUGAUGACAGUGCCUCUCUGAUGAAUCAGAGCACCCUAAAGCAGCUGCCAGAGACAGCCAGGAAGAGACAACUCCACGCUUUCAAGAUCUGCAAGAAGUUCCAGCCCCUGCUCUUUGCGGACCUGCUGGACGAGAACUGCCUUGUGAUGGUGGAGCGGCCCAUCAUGGACAUCAAGACCCAGCUGCCACCACCCAUCCAACAGAAGAAAUUUGGCACCUAAGAGCAGAACAAGCUGCUCCAGCCACAGAAACUGUGUAUGUUGCUUUCCUAGGAUGUUGUAAUAAUAAACUCUGUUGUUCUGUA